AUGUACGUCGACAUCGAUCUCGUGAACGUCGGCCUGGAGGGGGAGAUGUGGAAGCUGGACCAAGUCGCGGAGGCGAUUCGCCGAGGCGAGGUCGGCGCGAUCCCGACGGACACGAAGUACGCCUUCGUCGCCGAUCUCACGAACGCGGAUGCGGUGCAGAAGUUGUAUGAUAUCAAAGACGCCGGGCUGAACAAACCGCUGAGCAUACUGUGCCGAGGAUUCGCAGAUAUAGACGCGUACACCACCGGGUUUCCUAACAACCCGAAACCUGGCGCGACGUUGCCGUUCAAGUUGGCGAAACAGUGCCUGCCGGGGCCGUAUACGUUUAUCUUACCCGCGUCGAAGGAGUUGCCGAAGGUGUGUCUGGUGGAUAAAUCGACGAAGGAUAAGGCGAGGCAGUGCAAGAGUAGGAAGACGGUGGGCGUGCGCAUUCCCGCGUGCGAGGUCACGCGAGCGCUGCUCGAUCUCCUCGACGCGCCGUUGAUGUGCUCGACCGUGCCCGAGUGCGACGACGAACCGGCGGUGAUUCAUGACACGUACUUACCGCGAGGUCUGGGGUUUAUCGUGGACAUCGGUGAGCGUCAAAUGGCGGCGGCGUCUACGGUGGUGGAUUUGUCCGCGGGCGAGCCGCGCGUGUUGCGCCGCGGCGCGGGCGAUCCCGAUCUCUGGGCCAGCGGUGACGACGCGAGCGAAAGCGUCGAAAACGAUCCCGACGCCGCGUGGGGUUUCGCGUAG